AUGACCGCCGCAUUUAGAAUGCUCGCUUAUGGAGUACCAGCUGACUAUGUGGAUGAGUAUGUGCGGAUUGGAGAAACCACCACAAUUGAAUCUCUAGAAAGAUUUGUUAGAGUGGUGGUUUCAAUUUAUUCCAACAAUUAUUUAAGGUCUCCAAACGUCGAUGAUGUUGCUAGAUUGUUAGAAGUUGGUGAAAUACGUGGUUUUCCAGGACUGUUGGGGAGCAUUGAUUGCAUGCACUGGAAAUGGAAAAAUUGCCCAACUGCAUGGAAAGGUAUGUUUUUUGGUCAUUUUCAUGAACCUACAAUGAUUUUGGAAGCAGUAACUUCACAAGAUUUAUGGAUAUGGCAUGCGUUUUUUGGGUUACCGGGUUCUCAUAAUGACAUUAAUGUAUUAGAACGAUCUUCUCUGUUUUCUGAGCUCGCUCAUGGGCGUGCUCCUCCAGCUAAUUACUCAAUCAAUGGUCAUAACUACACAAUAGGAUACUAUCUUGCUAAUGAUAUAUAUCCGUAG